AUGACCGCCCCCAACGAUAAUGUUUCUUCGAUUGACAGUGCCACCACUCACGAGGCGCCCUCGGACAACUCGACCCCCGCCACGAUUGUCCAACUGAACGGCGACCUCGAAAAGGGGACCCAGCCAGAAACCCACCAGGAUGCGCCCUCGCAGGCCGGGGGCCCAGAAACGAACACUGCGACUGAGAAAGAUGCGACUGCCCCGGCGCUGACCCCCGCGCCGUCGCCGAUAGGCCCACCGCCAGACGGCGGGCUGCAGGCAUGGCUGGUUGUCUUGGGCGCAUUUUGCGGAUUGUUCGUCAGUUUCGGUUGGAUUAACUGUAUUGGUGUCUUCCAGACAUACUAUGAGAGUCAUCAGUUGAGCAAUCUGUCGACCAGCACCGUGACUUGGAUCACGUCGCUGGAGACCUUUGUGAUGUUCCUUGGAGGCCCCAUCUUUGGAACGCUCUUCGAUAGCUACGGCCCCCGCUGGAUCCUCCUCAUGGGCACAUUCCUACACGUCUUCGGCCUGAUGAUGGCCUCCCUCUCAACAGAAUACUACCAAUUCAUCCUGGCCCAGGGCAUCUGCAGCCCCUUCGGCGCUAGCGCCAUCUUCAAUGCCUCAGUCAACUCGGUCAGCACAUGGUUCGCCAAGCGCCGUGCCUUCGCCUUGGGCGUCACGGCUUCUGGAUCCAGCCUGGGCGGAGUCAUCUUCCCGAUCAUGGUCGAGCACCUGAUCCCGCAGGUCGGAUUUCCCUGGGCGAUGCGUAUUUGCGCGUUCCUGAUAUUGUUCCUGCUGGCGAUUUCAAAUGCCACGCUUCAAUCGCGACUCUCGCACCGCCCCAAGCCGUUCGAUAUUAUCAACUUCCUGCGGCCGCUGUCGGAACUCAAGUUCGUGCUGACUGUUGCGGGUGCCUUUUGCUUCUUCUGGGGCAUGUUUCUGCCGUUUACUUUUGUCAUUACCCAGGCUCAACGCUACGGCAUGUCGGGGCACAUGUCGUCGUAUCUGAUUCCGAUCCUGAACGCUGCCAGCAUCUUCGGCCGAACCCUCCCAGGGUACCUCGCCGACAAAAUCGGCCGCUACAACGUAAUGAUCCUUACAAUGUACUUCUCCGCAAUCCUCGUGCUCGCCCUUUGGCUCCCGUCACGCGGCAACAUCCCCGCAAUCAUCUUCAGCGCGCUCUACGGGUUUGGGUCCGGCGCCUUUGUGUCGCUGGCGCCGGCGGUGGUGGCGCAGAUCUCUGACCUGCGCGAGGUCGGCGUGCGCAACGGCACGUUCUUUGCAGUGAUUUCGUUCGCCGCCCUAACUGGUACCCCGAUUGGCGGGGCGCUGGCCCCUGAUGUGUUGCAUGGGUCGUAUACGAAACUGCAGGUGUUUUGUGGGGUUGUGAUGAUUGCGGGCUCAACGCUGUUUGUGUUGGCCAGGGGUGUUGUUGGCGGAUUUCGGUUUAGUAAGGUGUAA